AACUCUUCAUCUCGAGGCUGCUUGAUUUCCUCCCAGCACAUUCCUGCACUCUGCCGGUGUCCACACUGCCCUGUAGACCUGGCCCCCUGAGCCCACCACGGCCUCCAUGUAAGCCCCUCAGGCUAGGUCUUGCCACCGUGCCAACAGGUGGCCCUGGGCUGGGGGCAAAGGGCUCUCUACGGGGCACAGGGCCCCGAGAUCUCAGAGGGCCACCCCUGGAUGGUGGCCAGGCCCCCAGCGGCCCACCCGAGUACCACCUCUGCCCCCAGCCCUGCUGGCCCCUGGUCCCACUGCCCCCACUCCAGAUGCCUGGCUGAGACCCAGCCGUGGCCCGCACUGCCGACGCCUUCUCCUGGGCCCCCGAGGUUGGUGCUGCGGUGGACGACUCCCUGGGCACAAGGCAGCUAACGGACACAGCCACUGGCCCAAGCGACGGCGGCAUGGGCAGUGCCAGCCCCGGCCUGAGCAGCGUGUCCCCCAGCCGCCUCCUGCCGCCCCCCGACACUGUGCUGCGGACAGGCCUGGAAAAGGUGGCUGCAGGGGCGGUGGGGCCCGAGAGACGGGACUGGCGCCCCAGCCCACCUGCCACGCCUGAGCAGGGCCUGUCUGCCUUCUACCUCUCCUACUUUGACAUGCUGUACUCCGAGGACAGCGGCUGGGCCACCAAGGGUCCUGGGGCCAGCGCUCGGGAGGAGCCAUCUGAGGAGCCUGAGCAGUGCCCGGUCAUCGACAGCCAAGCCCCCGGGGGCAGCCUGGACUUGGCACCGGGUGGGCUGAUGCUGGAGGAGCACUCCCUGGAGCAGGUGCAGUCCAUGGUGGUGGGCGAGGUGCUUAAGGACAUCGAGACGGCCUGUAAGCUGCUCAACAUCACUGCAGACCCCGUGGACUGGAGCCCUGGCAACGUGCAGAAGUGGCUCCUGUGGACAGAGCACCAGUACCGGCUGCCGCCCGUGGGUAAAGCCUUCCAGGAGUUGGGGGGCAAGGAGCUGUGUGCCAUGUCGGAGGAACAGUUCCGGCAGCGCUCCCCUCUGGGUGGCGACGUGCUGCACGCCCACCUGGACAUCUGGAAAUCAGCGGCCUGGAUGAAAGAGAGGACUUCCCCUGGGACCGUCCACUACUGCGCCUCCACCAGCGAGGACAGCUGGACCGACAGCGAGGUGGACUCAUCCUGCUCCGGGCAGCCCAUCCACCUGUGGCAGUUCCUCAAGGAGCUGCUGCUCAAGCCCCACAGCUAUGGCCGCUUCAUCCGGUGGCUCAACAAGGAGAAGGGCAUCUUCAAAAUCGAGGACUCCGCCCAGGUGGCCCGGCUGUGGGGCAUCCGCAAGAACCGGCCUGCCAUGAACUACGACAAGCUGAGCCGCUCCAUCCGCCAGUAUUACAAGAAGGGCAUCAUCCGGAAGCCGGACAUCUCCCAGCGCCUCGUCUACCAGUUUGUGCACCCCAUCUGA